CAAUGAGUGUCGUGUCUCACUUCCAUUUACACUUGUUUGUUCAGUUUGUUGAGACCUAUGAAGGAAGAACAAGGUGGAUUGAGAAAAUCAAUGAUGACAACGAUUCUUCACAGAUCAGGGUUCUUUAAUUCUUUUGUCCGAUAUUGAUAGCCUGCUACAAAUACUAGUUCAAGUUGUUCUUCUCUUGUUCUUGUUGUUUUUCUGGACCGUUGAGUUACGCGUUUGUAUGCAAAUUAUUCGCGUGACAACAUGUUGUUGUUGAUAGAGACUUCUUGGAUUAAAUAACUAUAUAUGUUCCAGGGCUCAGGGCGGGAGGCCCCCCCCCCCGAUCCAACUUCUUGAAGGGGGGGGGGCCUCCGUAAGAGUCAGCGAACGCCCCCCGCGGAUCGUCACGCGUCACGCCUCUAGCGUGACGCGUAUGAACCUCGGGGGGAUUGGGUGUUUUUUCGCCAGGCGUGCUCUAGCGUGACGCGUAGGAAUAUCGGGGGGAUUGGGUGCUUUUUGACGAUGAGCGCUCUAGCGUGACGCGUGGGAAUCUCAUCGGGGUCGGAUGUCUUUCCCGCGUGCGUUCUUUAGUGUGACGCAUGGGAAUCCAAUGCAGACCGGGCGCCCCUUUGCCAGUGUGUAAGCGUGACGCUGGCCGAAGUUCUCCCUUGAGGGUCCUCAGCCUCAUGAUCGGAAAGACUUCGGCUGAGUGUCCUCUAUUCAGAUUGAGGGCUCUCCUUUGAAGGUCCUCAUGAUCGGAAGGGCUUCAUCUGCGAGCCCUCUCAGAGCAGAGCGAGGGCUCUCCCUUGAGGGUCCUCAUGAUCGGAAAGGCUUCAGCUGAGUGUCCUCUAUUCUUUCAGUUUCAGACUGAGGGCUCUCCCUUGAAGGUCCUCAUGAUCGGAAGGACUUCAUCUGCGAGCCCUCUCAGAGUGAGGGCUCUCCCUUGAGGGUCCUCAUGAUCGGAAAGACUUCAGCUGAGUGUCCUCGAUUCAGAUUGAGGGCUCUCCCUUGAAGGUCCUCAUGAUCGGAAGAGCUUCAUCGGCGAGCCCUCUCAGAGGGAGGGCGCUCCCUUGAAGGUCCUCCCUCAUGCUCGGAAGAGCUUCAUCUGAGGGCCCCCUCAGAGUGAGGGUUCUCCCUUGAAGGUCCUCGCUCAUGAUCGGAAGAGCUUCAUCGGGGGGCCCUCUCAGAUUCGACUGAGGGUGGACUCUCCCUUGGGCGUCAUCUGAGUGUCUUCUAUUCAGAGUGAGGGUGGGUUCUCCCUUGAAGGUCCUCGCUCAUGAUCGGAAGUGCUUCAUUUGGGGACCCUUUCAGAGUGAGGGUUCUCCCUUGAGGGUCCUCAUGAUCGGAAAGACUUCAGCUGGGUGCUCUCUAUUCAGAUUGAGGGCUCUCCCUUGAAGGUCCUCAUGAUCGGAAGGACUUCAGCUGAGUGCCCUCUAUUCAGAUUGAGGGCUCUCCCUUGAAGGUCCUCAUGAUCGGAAGGACUUCAGCUGAGUGCCCUCUUCAGAUUGAGGGCUCUCCCUUGAAGGUCCUCACGAUCGGAAGGACUUCAUCAGCGAGCCCUCUCAGAGUGAGGGUUCUCCCUUGGGGGUCCUCUCUCAUGAUCGGAAAGACUUCAGCUGAGGGCCCGAAGGUCCUCAUGAUCUGAAGGCGGGGCCUUCAUCUGCAGGCCCUUUCUUGAGCGUCACGCGAAGAGCGUGACGCCUUGUCUCUAGUAAGUCUGUAGGGUACAUGCAACAAAAGCGUCACGCUUUUCGCGUGACGCGUCACGCUUUUCGCGUGACGCUCGAACCAAGAUGGGGCAAGCUCUCAGUAGUAUACCAGAGGGGGGAAGGCGUGGCGUCUUAUGUAGGACCGCGGGGGGCGUUCGCUGACCCUUACGGGGGGCCUCCCCGCCCCGGCCCCUCUUUUCGAGGGGCUGCCGGGGGGGAAGGCCUCAAAGCGCCCACUUCUGACCCCUUCCCGCUUCUUGCCUGUACGCUACAGACCUGGCAAAGGUGGCAAAGGCUGGGCCCUCUUGUCGUGUUGCGUGUGCCCAACCCUACGCCAAGGGGGUGGGUUCCCGCCUUUGCCCCCUUUGCCAGGUCUGUAGGGUACAUGCAACAAGGCAGCGGGGCCCGGCCUUGGCCACCUUUGCCAGGUCUGUAGGGUACACGCAACAAGGCAGCGGGGCCCUGCCUUUGCCCCCUUUGCCAGGUCUGUAGGGUACACGCAACAAGGCAGCGGGGCCCUGCCUUUGCCCCCUUUGCCAGGUCUGUAGGGUACACGCAACAAGGCAGCGGGGCCCUGCCUUUGCCCCCUUUGCCAGGUCUGUAGGGUACACGCAACAAGGCAGCGGGGCCCUGCCUUUGCCCCCUUUGCCAGGUCUGUAGGGUACACGCAACAAGGCAGCGGGGCCCUGCCUUUGCCCCCUUUGCCGGGUCGGUGGAUACAUGCAACAAGGCAGCGGGGCCCGGCCUUUGCCACCUUUGCCAGGUCUGUCGGGUACAUGCAACAAGCCAGCGGGGCCCUGCCUUUGCCAGGUCUGUAGGGUACAUGCAAGAAGCGGGAAGGGGUCAGAAGUGGGCGCUUUGAGGCCUUCCCGCCCGGCAGCCCCUCGACAGGCCUGGCCAAUAAGGUGGCAAGGCUGGACCCCUCUGGCGUGGUCCACCCCAGAUCCAUCCACAGGGGGGGGGAGGGGGCCUCCCUCCCUGGUACAUAUAUAAGUCAUCAACAUUGACGGUUUCAUACAUUAGAUCUUGAUUACUAGAAUUUCCAUUACUA